UGUUUCUUUACUACACCGAAGUAGAAGAAGAAAAUAGGGUUGUUCAACUUAAAAAGACAGACGCCCUGAAAAAAAAAAAAAAAAAUGUUGGAGGUUAACAGAUGUAGCAGCAGCUCACUCCAUUGGAAUCCAUCUCCAAUCAUCUCUUUAGCCACCAGUCUUGACCAUUCUCAAGUCGCCGCCGCCAGACAAGACGGCUCUCUCGAGAUUUGGCUCGUUUCCCCUGGCUCCGUUGGCUGGCACUGCCAACUGACUAUACAAGGAGAUCCUAAUUUGAGGGUUUCGGCGUUAGUAUGGUGCUGCUCGGGUUCGAGUUCGAGUGGGAGGUUGUUUUCAUCAAGUAUUGAUGGAUCGAUUUUGGAAUGGGAUUUGUUUAACUUGACACAAAAGGUUGUGGUAGAUCCAAUAGGUGUCUCCAUCUGGCAGAUGGCUGCUUAUCAAAAACCAGAUUUGGCUUCACUAGAGAAUGCACAUGCCACUGAUAAACCUCUCGGUAAUGGUGAUAUCACCAGUGACAGUGAGGUUGAAUCUGACUCACUUGAGUUGUACGAGGAGCCACUCAUUGAAAGUUCUAGUAUAGCCAUCGCUUGUGAUGAUGGCUGCGUUAGAAUAUAUAACCUCUCAGAUGAUGAAUUCACUUACCAUAAGUCGUUGCCAAGGGUUGGUGGGCGUGCAUUAAGUGUUACUUGGAGUCCAGAUACAAAGCUCAUAUAUUCAGGGAGUAGUGAUGGGUUCAUAAGAUGCUGGGAUGUCAAGUCGUCUCAUGAAGUUUACAGAAUCACUGUUGGUCUUGGAGGUUUAGGUGGUGGCCCCGACCUUUGCGUUUGGUCUUUACUUGCACUUAGGUGUGGAACCCUUGUGAGUGCAGAUAGUAGUGGCAGUGUUCAGUUUUGGGACAGUUUACAUGGAACUCUCUUGCAAGCACAUUCUUGCCAUAAGGGUGACGUCAAUGCUUUAGCAGCUAAUCCAAACCAUACCAAGGUGUUUUCUGCAGGAUCGGAUGGUCAGGUUAUAUUAUAUAAGCUAUCUGGGAACGCCGUUGAUGACAGUUCUUCUUCCAAACCAAUAAAAAAGUGGGUGUACAUUGGUUAUGUGAGAGCCCAUACGCAUGAUGUGAGAGCCUUGACUGUUGCCGUGCCCAUCAAUCAUGAAGACAUAACACCUGAAGAUAAAGCGAAAAGAGCCCGUGGUAGGAAAAAGCUACCUGACUAUAGUUACAGUAAAUGGGCACAUAUGGGCAUUCCGAUGCUUAUAUCAGCUGGAGAUGACACGAAGCUUUUUGCAUAUUCUGCUAAUGAAUUUACUAAGUUCGCUCCACACGAUAUAUGCCCUGCACCACAAAGACCGCCCAUCCAAUUGGUAUGCAGAGCCGCUGACAAGUUGAUUCGUCUUCUUUUGGUUCAGGCUCCACACUGGUUAGAUCUUUUUACUGUUAACGUGAACAAAGAUGGUGGUGCUGCAACUACUGAUAUGGUCGCUCGGGUUAAGAGCAAGGGUUUGAGGAAGAUUAUUUGCAGCUCCAUUUCACCUUCUGGAAGGUUCUUUUCCUAUUCCGAUCAUGUGAAACCGUGCCUUUUUGAGUUAAAAAAGAAUGAAACUGGGAAGAGUGUGUGGUCCAUAAGUAAAAGAAAACUUCCUUCAUCUUUACCUUUUGCCCAUUCCAUGAUUUUUACUUCUGAUUCUUCUCGAUUAAUGAUUUCGGGACAUGACAGAAUGAUAUAUGUUGUCGAUGUUGGGAGUAUGGAGUUAACACAGAGGUUCACACCAUGCCGUAAGGACUUUGAUGAAGAGUUACCGCCUACUCAGCCGCCAAUAACAAAAAUGUUUACUAGCUCAGAUGGACAGUGGCUAGCUGCUGUGAACUGCUUUGGAGAUGUUUAUAUUUUUGAUCUAGAGACACAAAGGCAGCACUGGUUUAUAUCAAGAUUAGAUGGUGCAUCUGUUACAGCUGGCGGGUUCAGUCCCCGCAAUAGCAAUGUGCUAAUACUAUCCACUUCAUCAAAUCAGAUGUAUGCAUUUGACGUGGAAGCAAGGAAAUUAGGAGAUUGGUCAAUGCGCAACACAUUUAUAUUGCCAAAGAGAUAUCAAGACUUUCCUGGAGAGGUGACCGGGCUUACAUUUGCACCUUCUGCAGCUUCCUCAGUUGUCAUCAUCUACAGUGCGAGGGCAAUGUGCUUGAUCGACUUUGGGAUGCCAAUCGAUGAAGAUGAAGAUCAUGAAAAUCCAACCAGUCAUGAUUCAAAGUCAAAGAAAUUAAAACGUAAGUUGAUAGAAAGUAAAACUGCUAGUAGGAAGAAUUUUGAAUUCUGUGCGUUUAGGGAACCUGUUAUGUUUGUUGGCCAUCUUUCAAAAGGUUCUGUAUUGGUCAUAGAAAAACCAUGGAUGCAAGUUGUUAAGGGUUUUGAUGCACAGCCUGUUCACAGACAUAUAUAUGGAACAUAGACCUGUACUAGAAGAGAUUAGGGUAGAGCACUGCAUUUUUGGCCGUUCUUUCUCAUCUGUAUUGCGUGUAAUGCAUCCUUGUUUUUGUUUCGUUCAAUAGUAAAUUUACUUUCUCCCCUGUAGCA